GACAAUACUGGAAAGGAAAGAAGGUCCUAUUGAACUGCCAUGAAUUCUAUGUAUUAUAUAUAUGGCAUAAAUGAUGAACCAUAUGACGCAGGCAGGCAUCUAACCAUUUCUAAGUUGCCGUCCAAUUAAUUAAUUUUCUUUUCAACGAUUACUGAAUGAAUAUGGAUUCUCUGUAUAUUCGGUCACAUCAAUCCCAGAUAAUCUUGUACGCAAUAACCGAUUAAAAUACAAAUUAAUCUCCUCCACGGUCAACCAUCUUGUUCAUCCUGUUCUGUUCUGUAUUUAUAAUGGUUUUCUGGAUAUAUAUUUGUCCUUCAAUUCUCAAUUUGUAUUCACAGAAUGAUCAGUCUUGUAUCAUUUUCCAUAUGGUGUGUGUUGUUGUUGGGAGUGGGAUUGGGAUGGGUGGUUUCAGACCCGCAAAUCAAUCUGUUGAACCAGGGUUGCAGUCAGUACAACGCGACGAGCUUUUCAGUCUUCAACAGAAACUUAAACGCCACUUUUGUGGACUUGAGAGCUCAACUCACCAGCAACAAUUACUUUGCUACAGCCCAGCAAGCUGAUGGCACGGACCCUGUCUACGCCAUGGCUCAGUGCAGGAACUACUUGUCCAAUUCUGACUGCAUCGCAUGCUUCGACUCUGCCGCUGCCAGAAUUCGCAAUUGCUCUGCUGCUAAUGGUGCUCGUGUCAUCUACGACGGAUGCUUCCUCAGGUAUGAGAGCAACAACUUUUAUAGUCAAGGGACACUGGAGGGGAAUUUUGGGAUAUGUGGGAAUCAAACAGCAUCAUCAGCUGCUGCAACUGGUUUUGAAUCAAGUGGACAAGCACUCUUACAAGAUCUUAAGGUUGCGACCCCAAGGAUCAAUGGGUUCUUUGCAGCAAUUACAAAGGAAGUUGUUGUUGGAAAUGGUGUUGGCCAAAUAGUGUAUGGUGUAGCACAAUGUGCUGGAACAGUUGAUCGACAGGGUUGCCAAGAUUGCUUGGAUGUGGCUUAUAACAACAUUGAGAAAUGUCUUCCUUCUACAGAAGGGAGAGCGAUCGAUGCGGGAUGUUUCUUGAGGUACUCUGAAGAAGCUUUCUUUGCUGAUAAUCAGACUACUAAUAUCUUGCCCUUCCUGAAAGAAGGAGGUUCAAGUAGAACAAGAGCAAUCAUUGGUGGAGUGGUUGGAGGAGUGAGUCUUCUUUUGAUUAUUAUUGCAUUACUUGUUUGGUUUAGACUAAGGAGAAAGCAGACAGCAACUACAAGAGGUAACAUACUAGAGGCAACUGAAUUGCAAGGCCCAGUGAAUUACAGUUACAGGGAUUUGAAAACUGCGACCAAAAAUUUUAGUGAAGAAAAUAAACUUGGAGAAGGAGGAUUUGGAGAUGUAUACAAGGGUAUUCUCAAGAAUGGGAAAAUAGUGGCAGUCAAGAGACUAGCAAUAAGUGCAUCUCGCAGGGCGAAGGCAGAUUUUGAGGGCGAAGUGAAGCUUAUAAGUAAUGUUCAUCACCGGAAUCUUAUUCGACUUCUUGGAUGCAGUAGCAAUGGACCAGAGCUAAUCCUUGUGUACGAAUACAUGCCGAACAGCAGCCUUGAUAAAUUCUUAUUUGGCCAAGGGCGAGGAUCACUGAAUUGGAAACAACGGUUUGAUAUAAUCAUUGGAACAGCAAGGGGUCUCGCGUAUCUUCACGAGGAUUUCCACGUAUGUAUCAUACAUCGCGAUAUAAAAUCAGCCAAUAUUCUCCUGGAUGGUGAUUUUCUACCCAAGAUAGCAGAUUUUGGCCUUGCAAGGCUUCUUCCUGGAGACCAGAGCCAUCUGAGCACUAAAUUUGCUGGAACACUGGGAUAUACAGCACCUGAAUACGCAAUCCAUGGACAAUUAUCAGUGAAGGUUGAUACAUAUAGUUUUGGCAUUGUUGUCCUUGAAAUCAUAAGCGGCUUAAAGAGCAAUGAAAUGACACAAGAUCCAGAAGCAGAAUUCCUUCUCAAACUGGCGUGGAGACUCUAUGAAAGUGAGAGACACCUAGAAUUGGUGGACGACAACUUGGAUCCGAAUGAAUAUAAUGGUGAGGAAGUGAAGAAAAUCAUAGAACUUGCUCUGAUGUGCACUCAGUCAUCAGCCAGUUUAAGACCAACAAUGUCUGAAGUUGUUGCUGUGCUCAAAAGCAAAGGGAUUUGGGAGCAUACACCUCCUACUAGGCCUACCUUAGCAGAUUCUAAUGAAAGGUUCCGCGAUGACACAAACACAUCUGGCUCAUCUACGUCAAAUGCCACCGCAUCUAUUAGUCAUGUCUCAGCUCGCUGACUUGUUUCUUUCCCUUCUUUUCCUUCUCAUUUUUGUCUUUAA